CCUGUCCUCCUCUGGGUACCAACUCUGUUACGCUGCGCACUGCCGGGCAUUUAACCCAGGCAAGGAGGAGGAGGAGGAGGAGAAGAAGGAGAAGAAGGAGGAAGAGGAGGAGGAGAACGAGAACAUUUCCCUGAUCCCUGCAGGCGCCGCACCCCACAUCCUGCCCUGUUUUGAAAGGAGGAGGGAAGAGAAAUAAACGUGGCAGCGCACAGAAGGCCAGAGGGGAGGUUGGGAACGGGUGACCGCAGGGGCAUGAAAUUUGGAAAUAAUCUGGACGGUUCACUCCCACCCUUAUUUUGCAGACACUCCCCCACCAUCACCCGCCUCCCUUCCCCUCCCCCAGCCAGCCCUCUGUCAUUUGGGGGUACUGGGAAAUGGGUGUGCCAGCCUCUGUAGGAGAGAUGGCAGGUUUGGCGCUGUCUGAGCUUCACAGGAGGGGGGACCCUGAAAACCACCGUUCUAACUCCCAGACUGCUUUUCAGACACCUCUGGCUCACUCGGCUUUUCACCCUCAUCUUUUCAGUCCUGGAAAAGGAAUUCGGGCUCUCAAUUGAUCCAUCCACCAGAUUCUCAGUCUCCAACGUCUGCAGUCUGUAUUUCUGCCCUUUAAUCUGUCGUUAGCAUGAAGCUCUAACUGAACCGAAGGAAGAAGAAGCAACCCUGAAUCUUCCCAGGUCCAUUUGCUUCUUAGGCUCUCUGCAACUGCAGGUCCUUCUCAGCUCACAGCCUCAGCAAAACUUGCAAGCCUGAGCUGAAGACCUCACCUUGACGUGCACGCAUCCCACUUGGGCAAGCCAAUUCUACACCCUGGAUCAGAGAAUCAUACCACCUGCACCAUGAGCCGUGUUCGGGAUGCUGGCUGCGUAGCUGCAGGGAUAGUGAUUGGGGCUGGUGCCUGGUACUGCGUCUACAAAUACACCAGGGGAAGAGACCAGAAGAAGAAGAGACUGGCCAAGCCCAAGAACCGGGCUGCAGCUGGGACUGGAGCCAGGGCUAGAGCUGGGCUAAGGGCCGGAUUCACUAUCGACCUUGGGCCUGGAUUCAGUCCCCCAGCCCCAGUCUAUGCUGUGGCAGAGGACAAGGCCCAGGAUGAAGCCUCUGCUCUUGAUACUACAGGAGCUGAGGCAGUAAUCCCAGCUGUAUCUAGCCCUGAGGCUCAGAGUGGGGCAGGAAGUCAGAUCCAGGAGGCAGAUGGGGCUAGGAUUGCGCCUACGACUGAAUCAGUAGUCGUGGCUGCAGCAGCCUCUUCAGUGGCACCAUCUCCCGUGGUGGCAGAGGCUUCCACAGCUGUAGAGGCUCCUGCAGUGGCAGAAGCUCCCAGUACAGCAGAGGCUUCAAGGGCCUCAGCACCUCCCAGGGCAGGAGUGACUCCUGGGGCAGCAGCACCUCCUGGGGCAGCAGCACCUCCCAGGGCAGCAGCACCUCCGGGGGCAGCAGCACCUCCGGGGGCAGCAGUACCUCAUGGGGCAGUAGCAGCUCCAGGGGUGGCAGCACCUCCCAGGGCAGCAGCACCUCCUAGAGCAGCCGUGUCUCCUGGUGCAACAGCACCUCCCCGGGUAGCAGCACCUGCUGUGGUGGCAACAGCCUCAGAGGCUGUGGAGACUUCUGGAGUGGCAGUGCCAGCUGAGGCAGCCGAGGCUUCUGGAAUGGCAGCACCUGCAGAGGUAGCUGAGGCUCCUGUGCCCACACUGCCUGCUGGGUCAGCAGCACCUACUGGGGCUGCAGAGGCUCCUGGAACUUCAGGGUCCCCUAGAACAGCAGUAGCUGCCAAGAAAGCAACCCCUGGGGCUCACACUGGAGCUAUACCUAAGGCUGCCUCAGCCACUGGAGCUGUGCCCAAAGGUGGAGCCAAGGGUGGGACCCGGUCCCGGACUGGAGGCAAAGGCAAGAGCAAGAAAAGCAAGGUUGAAGUAGAUGAAUUGGGAAUGGGAUUCCGCCCUGGGGAUGGGGCUGCAGCAGCUGCUGCCGCUUCUGCUAAUGGAGGAGAGGCUUUCUUAGCAGAGGUCCCUGAUUCUGAGGAAGGGGAAUCUGGGUGGACCGACACAGAGUCAGAUUCAGAUUCUGAACCAGAAACCCAGCGCAGAGGGAGAGGGAAAAAACCUGUUCCCAUGCAGAAGCGUCCCUUUCCUUAUGAAAUUGAUGAGAUUCUGGGUGUCCGAGAUCUCAGGAAAGUACUUGCCUUGCUUCAGAAAUCAGAUGAUCCUUUCAUCCAACAGGUAGCUUUGCUCACCUUGAGCAACAAUGCCAAUUAUUCAUGUAACCAAGAGACAAUUCGCAAAUUGGGAGGCCUUCCAAUUAUUGCAAACAUGAUCAACAAAACUGAUCCUCACAUUAAGGAAAAAGCUUUAAUGGCCAUGAAUAACCUGAGUGAAAAUUAUGAGAACCAGGGCCGUCUUCAGGUAUACAUGAACAAAGUAAUGGAUGAUAUCAUGGCCUCUAACCUGAACUCAGCAGUGCAGGUAGUUGGACUAAAAUUUCUAACAAACAUGACUAUUACCAAUGACUACCAACACCUGCUUGUCAAUUCCAUUGCAAACUUUUUCCGCUUGUUAUCUCAGGGAGGUGGGAAAAUCAAGGUUGAGAUUUUGAAAAUACUUUCCAAUUUUGCUGAAAAUCCAGAUAUGCUAAAAAAACUUCUCAGUACCCAAGUGCCGUCAUCAUUUAGUUCCCUAUAUAAUUCUUACGUGGAAUCAGAAAUUCUUAUCAAUGCCCUUACUCUGUUUGAGAUUAUCUAUGACAAUCUCAGAGCAGAAGUAUUCAACUACAGAGAAUUCAACAAAGGUUCCCUUUUUUACUUAUGCACUACAUCUGGAGUGUGCGUUAAGAAAAUUCGAGCCUUAGCAAAUCACCAUGACCUCUUGGUAAAAGUGAAAGUUAUAAAACUAGUGAACAAAUUCUGAUUGCUGUGUGCUCUCAAAAGACUUGAAAUUUCUUGUUUUUGCAGUCUGGAAGCAUUAAAAAUUGAAAGUUACUGCUUUUCCACUUGCUUGUAUAGUAAAGGGAUCCUUUCAGCUGCCAGUUUUGAAUAAUGUAUCAUCCAGAGUGAUGUUAUCUGUGACAGUCCAGCUUUAAGCUGAACCAUUUUAUGAAUACCAAAUAGUCCUCUUGUACUGAAAACACAUUUGUGAUUUUAAUCAUGCUGCUUGGAUGGAAUAUUUUUACUGGUUCCUCUAUGUGACUUGACAGUGAAACUGUCCAUCAUGAAUGGCCUACUCUGCUAUUAUUUGUUUUGACUUGAAUUUAUCCACCAAAGACUUCAUUUGUGUAUCAUCAAUAAAGUUGUAUGUUUUAAA